AUGGGAUAUCCACUAGGAAAAGAGUCGCUCUGCUCGACUCAUCAUCAAUCGCCUAAGGCGAUUCUCCCCAAACGAUAUGGAUUGCGUUCUACUGAAGGUGACUAUGGCACGAACAAUCACUUGCAGCAACAAAGACAUCAAGUGUUACAUCGAGAUGUUAAUUGCUUGAAAAACAAUCAAACGCAGCGCACGCAAAGUUUCACACUUCCCGCUCCCCGCAGUACCCGUAUUGACCUUAUUCCAGCUUGUAGUCAAAACACUCGACAGAGUACCCCAUUUCUUACAGAAGAUCAGAAUUCACUGAUGGAAGACAGUGACCGUCUUUUUCCUGGCCCAUUGGAGGCUUCCCCUUCUUCUAGCAGUCACUCUGGCCAACAACAUCCGUUUUUAUUUGAUGCCUCUGCCCCACCCACCGUUAUCUCAACAACACUCUUUAGUGAUGAUCCAACUUGGGUGGGAGGUAUGCCUGGUAAAGAGUAUAUAUGGGCUCCGGAUAAUAAAGAAUCUCUCUGGGGUCCUCUUGGUGUUGCGGAAGGAGUUUCUCGCCCACAACCCGUAACGCCUGUGGGAGAAAUUGCCAAUCCUCUCGAUAGUCGUAAUGGUACAACAGUGCAGUCACUUUUCGUUUCCUUAACACGUGAGCCAAGUGAUAGUUUGACGACUGACGUUCCUCAGAGUACCACGGCGUUGCCAUGCUCACAGAAAAAUAUAGUGGAUAUUAUAAUGGCGCAACUGACAGAUAGCAGUUACGGCAAUAAUAGUAAUGAUGAUAGUAUUGGUUCUCAUACUUAUGAAGCUCCAUCAACGGUGCUUUCUACACUUCCCAAAGCCCCAACUUACCCUAUGGAAGAGUUAACAAUACCAUGUUUGACAUCUCUUUGUGGUAUUGAAACCUUACUCGAUAGUAGGACGGCGAGUUACGAUGAUCUUCUUGAUUACCACAGAGAACAAGAAUCUAUACAUGAACCUUUAAUGCGAUGUGAAGCACCACUUGCAGUUGGAUGUACACCUCCCUCUUCUGCUCGAAAAAAAGAAAAUGAGGAUGAUAUCAUUCCUUAUCAUAGAGGGCAGAACAGUUCUGAUACUAAUACUGCUACUACUCCUGAUGUUUCAUCUAACCGUGGUAAUAACAGUAAGAAAUUAGCAAAUGAUAGGCGUAAUAGUGAUCGCCGUACCAACCAGUUAACUCAGUUGUCACUGAACAUACCUCUUAUGCCUGUUGUAGAUAUCACAACACUUAGCAAUUUACACCGUAGUACAUCUCAUGCUCUCCAUGUGAAAGCAAUGAUAAAAAAAUCACAUCCUGGACCAUUGUUAAAGGCAGUAGAAUGGCCACCACGAACAAGUGAUGAUGUGGUUUCUCUAUUAAAACAAUAUCGAGCAAAGGAGCUCUUGCGUCAUCUCCGUGUUGUUAGUUUUGCACGAAAAAAUGCCGAAUGUGUACGUGAACUCUUUGAAUCUUGGUGUGCGAAAGGUAUUCCGCCUUCAGAUGUUUUGUUUGGGGCAUAUUAUCUUUAUGUUAUGAAAAGAGGCAAUCGUGAAUUAUGUCUGAAGCACAAUGGACGUGGACGAGUGAUGGGACACGGUCGUGGAUGUGAUUAUGCAUUAAAAGGACCUUCAUUCCGAUGUCGUUACCGUCAUGUUUGUCUCUUCUGCAGUGCUGGCGAUCAUGGAUGGUUUGAUGAGGAGUACUGCGAACGGUAUUUGAAUUUACAAAAAGAAAUGAUUCAAUUGGGUGUAACGGACAGUGUGGGAUUGGUUUUACUAGACGCAUUGGAGUACGAUGACCAUUCCAACUUGCUUGGGGAUAUAAAAUAA